AUGAUCUCUCCUAGAAAGAGAGAGUUCUCACCACUGGGUGAGGAGGCAAACAUGCGCACACGUAAGGGUGCGGCUGCCACACAAACAGCCUUAAGGGCUGGGUCAGACACGCCAAAAGAAGUCCCUGAGCCCCACUAUCCUCAGGGAACCUCUCACUUGGUGCAAGACACUGACAAAAACAGCAGUAACUCCUGCUGGCACAGGGGGCCGUUUGUGGCCCCAAGCAAUGUGGAAAAAUUGUCCACAUCGUCUCGUGUCACCCGCAUGACAUCCAGCUUGCAACAUUGCAGCAAGCCGGUCCACUCCCAAGUCUAUUUGACUGGGAGUUACUCAAAACCAUCAAACGAUCACUCCCACUGGCACAGGGAGCUGUUUCUGAUCGCAAAAAAUGUGGAAAAAUCUUUCACAUGUCCAGCAUCGUCUCGCAUUAAACGCGAGACGUCCAGAUUGCAAUAUAGCAGCAAUCACUCCCCAGUCGAUGCGACUGGAAGUUGUCAUAAACAACCAAAUGACCACUCCUGCUGGUGCAGGGAGCCGUUUGGAGUUCCAAAAAAUGUGGAAAAACCGUCCACAUCUACGGAAUCGUCUCGCGUCAGCCACGAGACGUCCAGCUUGCGAUAUAGCAGCAAGCCGGUUCACUCCCCAGUCUAUGCGAUGGGUAGUUGUGCAAAUCGAUCAAACGACAACUCCUACCAGCACAGGGAGCCAUUUGUGAUCGCAAAAAAUGUGAAAAAAACUUCCACAUUGUCUACAUCGUCUCACAUUAACUGUGAGACGUCCAGCCCGCAAAAUCGCAGCAUGCUGGUUCACUCCCCAGUCUAUGUGACCGGGAACCACGCAAAACAAUCGAACAAUAACUCCUGCUUGCACAGGGAGCCAUCUUUGAUUGCAAAAAAUGUGGAAAAAACCUCCACAUCGUCGUUACCGUCUUGCAACUAUAGUGAGACAUUCAGCUCGCCGCCUAGGCGUGAGCCGGAUCAAACCCCAGUCUAUAAGACUGGGAAUCAUCAAAAACCCUCAUGGGACGACCCCCACACAAGCGGGGAGCCAGUCCUGAGUGGAGGAAAUGUGGAAAAAACUUCCACACCACCGACACCAUCUCACAACCACUGUGAGACACUCAGUGCUCUGUCUGAGAAUGAGUGCACACACUCCAACAUGGAUAUAAAGGCCAUGUCAUCCAGAUCGACACAAACUCACAGGUCGAGCUCACUUCCGGACUGUCCUCAGAUGGCCUCGGACCCAGCGUGGACACAGCAAAGGGACCAGGUGCAGGAGGAUGGGGAAGCUCCCCGAAGUCGAUUGUCCAAGAAACUUCUGGACUUUUUCCAGGCUAAAGGCCCGAGAAAUAAUAGGAGAAAAGGUCAAGGGCAGAUGCUCAGAGAGCACAGAGGCUCAGGGGAAGCCACUGCUGCCAAGGCCAAACCCGAAACUUUUGCCAAAAAAGCGAAGUCACCAACUUUGGAUGAGGUCACCGAAGUCUGUAGGAGUGCAAUGUGGCAGAAGAAGGAGCCUAGUAAGGAGAACCCACAAAUGAGUGGGCAACCAUCAACACCAGGCCCCAUCUUAGGCGAUAAAUGGCCCUCCUCGGUCACUUCACCCAGGCAAAGGACAAGUGGAAGUAACCUUCCGAAAAACCCCUCCAGUAAUGCUGGAGAGAACCAAACAAACCCUCGUGAAAACUUCACAAGGAAAACUCCCAGCAAAACAUUGCUGGAGGAUAAUGGGCACCUCGAAAGAUGGUACCACAAGGCCACACGGAUGGCCGAACUUCUAACUUUCACCCCACACAUAGACAGGGUGAAGUGGGACUGGUCAAAUAACGGUCCUACUCAACUCCCUGACACGAAGUGGUCAGGCGAAAACGAUACAGAAAUUUUCUGGCAGUGGUACACCACACUGCUAGGAUUCCUCACAUCACGAGGAUAUAGAGGCGCACACUAUGAUGAAAUCCAUCUGGAUUGUCUCAUUGGUGGACUGGCAGAGCCUGCACUCUCACACGGACUAAAAUUCCGUGAAGAGGCCCUCCUUAGAGAUAAAGGGGGGAAAUUUCUUGAAGCCCUCGAUACGCUAAUGAGGACAUAUAUCAAGGAGCCCGCCACAUUGAAGGUGACGGAAAAAUACUGCAAUGUAAAGUACAAUGCAGGAAAAGGACCCAGACAGUCCUACCCAGAACCAUCGCUUAAUGCUCGGUUUCUGGAAAACAUCCUCCCUGAAUGCAAGGAGGAAAUAAUCAGAAUGGGAUUCUCCUCUUUUGAGGAGAUGUUCAGAAAAACAUCUCGCAUGGACAAGAUGAAAAACAGGCUGAGGAUAGCUCCAGCCUACAGGCCAGAAUGCUAUGCCAGACCUGAAACCACCACGACCACAAAUCGUGAAAAGCCCAACCAGGCGGGAAAGGAGAAACACGCAGAGGCAAGAGCCAAUUCAGGGAACACCAACCAAAGGCUGGUACAAGUACGCAAUAAUCGUGGAAUACCAGAGCAGGCAAAGAGCCACCCUGAGCACCAGUUAGUAGGAGACAGAAACCCAAGGCACAGGAUCGCCAGGGAAGUCGACUACAAAACAGAAGGUGAAGUUGGAGACGACUCCGAUGAAGAAGAACCGGAGAAUAUCUCUGGUGAUUUCGAAGUGGAGGACACCUCCAAUGACUUUGAACCAGAGGACCCAAACAAGGGACCUCACUACUCACCCAGAAGAAAGGGCGAGGACAUCAGUGUUGGGACCACAAUAAUGGCCCCAAGAUCUGACAUCAUUGAAAACAAUGACGAAAAAAAUACACUAAAACUGGCGAUAAGCCAGACCAAAAAAAGAACUACCAACUCUUUGGUGACGACACUAAAGAGGGAUUCCCCUGAGGAAAGUCACUCAGAAGACAACACCCCCAAGGAAAAAACCUCGGAGGGAGACCCACUGAAGGAGGACCCUUCGGAAGAAACCACCCCGGAGCCUCCAGAAGAAGAUGAGCUCUGGGUGGAGUUUAUACUCGGCUGGCUAGCAGCCACAAUCCGCCCUCUCCCCAGUAGAAAUACUGGGCUGCAUCAUGCACGAUUGGCUGACAAGGCCAAUCAGCCCUCCUUGUACUUGAAGGAGGACCAAGAAUUGGCAGAUAAGAUCAAGUAG